GCGGGAGCGGCUCGGUGAGGGCGGGAGCAGGGACGGGAGAGCCGGGGUCCGCCGGGCACCGCUCAAGGUCGUGCAGGAACAGGCCUGGAGACCCUCCUCUUGGACGGGGCAGAAGCGGGAAGCCUGGAGGGUGGCACCGGUCCCGCUGAUCCCGGGUGAGAACCUGCUGCUUGUCCCUUGGUCCUGCAUCCCGCCAGGCCCGCGUCAGAGCAAGCACGGCCCUGUGGAAAGGCUGUAGGACACAGGCUUCACGUCACACAGGGAGCCUGGAGACUUCAAGAUGACAGGAAGAGAGUUUCUUCAACUAGAUCCUCCACACCGAAGCCUAUAUUUGGAAAGAUUUAAGCGGAUGGAAGUCAUAAAAAAGCUGUUUAAUGAGCUUCCUAAAGCAGAUCAGAACCUUUGUAAUCACGGAUCAUACUUCCUUGCAGCAAAUUCAAGCUUAUGUGGUUUAGCAGCAAAUAACUUCUUCAGGAACAUCUUACACGUCAGGAAGGCUGCCUUUGUGUCUGCUUUGCCAAUGGCUGUUGUUCCAUUUCUUUCAACUGCAGCAGCUUAUGAAGUUUUUGUGCGUGAGUCCUUGUUUUCAGGUGAGCUGAACUGUGAGGUGUGUGCUGUGGUCAGAGGAGGACUGAUAGGAGCUGUUGUGGGUGGGCUCUAUCCUAUUUUCCUGGCUCUCCCCAUGAACGCAAGCCUCGCAGCCAGGUAUUCUUCAUCUCCCCUGCCAGGGAAGGAGAAUCUGUUACGCUACUGGCUCACAACUGCUCAGCCUGUCUUUAGAAAGAUGAGUUGGGCUGUACUUGUACAGCUUCUAACUGGAUUGUAUCUUGCCACUAAACAGCAUGGAAUAUAUAUUAAAAUACUGCAGCAGAUGAACACUGACAGGGAUCUCGAAGAGUUACAAGCAUGAAGUUAAGCAACUUUUCAAUUGCCUUGGAUAAGUAACCAUAAUAAACAAAGAAAGAAGUG